AGAAGAUCAAAGUUGUGUGGCGCGCACGUGUAGCGCGGUCUUGCCAUGGUGUGUUUGCAGACCUUGACUGGAGAUUUCCAGUGUUCUGGCCUUGGGCUGGGUGCGCGCAUGCGCGGCUCGCUUCUGCGGGUGAACUCGCUGGCGACUCGCUCCGCCUUUGAGGACUCAGAGCUUUCGCAGGCCUCGUCCUUCACAGCUAUAAAGCUCAAGCGCAAGGGCCGCACGGCCGAAGGUCACGCCUGCGACUGUACGGAUAAACCGACCAAGAAGGAAGCGGAGGCUUCACCCCUCAACCUCUUCAAGAAGGAAGAAAAGUCCACAGACCAGCUGGCAAAGGAGUUGGAACGUGAGCGCCAGCAAGCGGAACGUGAGAAUGCCGAUCGGGAGAUGGCCGGCGCCUUCGGCGAGUUCGAACAGACCAAAGGGGAGUAUGACAAGGCCAUGGCGGAGCUUGAAGCAGCCCUCAAGGACUUUUCCUCGGAACAAUCGCAGUAUGAGACAUCGUUCUGGCUUUUGAAGGCCAUCCAUGACUCUGAGUGCAAAAAACUGAUGGAGAAUCAUCAUUUGGAUGACGCCGACUGCCACAAGAAUUGGGUGACGGCGCGUGAAGAAUACUUCGCGCGGGUCUUGGUGCCUCAGUGUCUCAAAGGAGAGACCAGUGCUUUCGAGCUCCAGGUGCCUCCACUGGCGGCCGUGCUGGCGCCGGUUGGGCUCGGCUCAGGUAUGUGUUCCUUCCCCUUUGUGUGCCUGAGACAUCACAUCCAGAGGGUGUCAAAAGGAAGGAGAUCAGAUGUUUUCUGUGAUCCCAGGGCGCGAAAGAAACCUUGUUUCACUUAAGAGCAGUCCAAGUCGCCCAUGCACCAUCGGCGAAAAGCAGCUCCCAAAAGCACUGCCUGGACACUUAAGGAUGUGACAUGCGAUUCACUAUUAUUCACUGC